CAACCUCCGCUAGCGACCAUGGAUAAGGCACUGAGCGCCGAAGUCGGCAUGGAGAGCGAGCUCAUUGGUGCUCUCAACACUAUUUCGAAGAAGGAGAAUGUGAAUGGUGUUGUUGCUGCUCAGCUCGACGGUCUCUGUCUCGGCACCAAGGGUGUCAUGACCUCGCCUGCUGCUGGCUAUGUGGCCGGUGUGGCUAACGCUGCUAUGGCCAUGCCUGGCUCGGGCUCUCCUAUGGUGGCCAUUGAGACUGAUGCUGGUACUACUGUCGUCGCUGUCAAGGACAACGUUGUCACCGCUGUCAGCUCUCGUCGCACCGCAGACAUGUAAACAUCGCCAUCGCGCUACCA